AUGGAUAGCGAGGAAAGCUACUCGUCCCACAGCACACGUUGUGCCAGCGGCAGCGUGGGCAAUCGGCAACGGAGUGCGAGCAGCGCAAGCUCCGGCACUGCCGUCGGCGCCGCUGGCGAGGAUUUUAACUCUCUCAUUGUGUCGUUUUACACCCGUGCGUACCCCUCCGCCGAUGUCUUCGCUGACGACGCCGCGGAGUUCGCCCUGGAGGACAUCGGCGCGGCUGUCACGGAGCUCGCGAAUGAGGUGUCAGCGCUGCAAGAGGAAACGCACGUACUUGGCGCCCACGUGCAGACACUGCAGCAGCGGCGUCUAGGUGGUGGUGCCACCGCAAGUAUCUCCGUCUCGGAGUUCGCGGGCAUUCAACUCGAUGCGGCCGACACUAGCGGCUCAGCUGCGCUCUCACCCGUAGAUACCACCGUUUUUCUUCUCGGCGGCGACUGUGAGCUUUCCAUGGGCACCCAGCGCACAUCUGGCGGUGGCAUGGGCGAUACGCUCGGCAGCGCGAGCGGAACCGGCCGGCGCGGCCGCAGCUUCCGUCGCCGCUCGGUCGCUGACGUAGACGCCUUCAUGCGGGUAGACGACAAGGCCGUCCUGCUGCGGCAGGAGACGGCCCGGCUGCGUGCCCAGGAAGAGAAGGCCGCUAAGGAGGCGGAGGGCGUGCACGAGAUGCUCGUCGCCACCGUCGAGGAGGCCAUUCGACGUCGGCAGGAGCUCCGCCUUGAAAUGCUGCAGUUUGAGCGGGAGGUACUGCGGAAUGGAGGCGCAGAGGACGACAAGGCGGAAGCUUCCGUGCACCGACGCAACCCUUUUCGGGACUCGAAGAAGCUGACGGUCUCAUCGGCGGCUGUCGCGACAACCGCAGACGAGCUGCUGCGCUACCUAGAGCGCCGGCACAGCACUCAGGUGAGCUACCUCGACAAGUUGGAGGUCCAAUGCCAGGCGGCAGAGCAGGAUAUCGCACGAGCACAGCAGCUGGUGCGGCAGCGCCGCGCCGCCGGUGAGGCGUUCCAAGCCGUUGACAUGGAGCAGCUGCGCAUCGAGCACAAGCAGUUUAGCGGACGCAUGGAGGCCAAGAGCAGAGAACUGGCGGAGCUAAAGGGCACGUCGACGCGUACGGUGCAGCAGCUGAACCACCUCAUGGGCCAGCUCAACGAGCUGGCGAGCGAGCAGACCCGGCUGAAGCGCGAGGCGAAGAGCCGCUCGGAAUACCUGUCGCGCUGCGGGAAAGAGAUCGCGACGGCGACGGCGGAGGCCAUGCAGGCGGAGUCGAAGCACAUAACACUCAAGGCGCAGCAGGAGGCCGUCAAGGUGCCCAAGAUUGAGGAGUACAUGGCGCAGAAGGCAGAGGAGGUGGAGCUCCAGAAGGCGGUGAAGAACUUGGAGCGCAAGGUGCAGAUCGCCGAAGGACAGGCCGCGGUGGUGCGACAGCAGUCGCGUCGGCUGCAGGCGCAGCGCGCAUCGGCCAUUAAAUACGUGAAUGAGAAGCGCGGGAGUCGUAAAUCCACCACGUCGAGAAUCACAGCCUCAGCAGCAGCGACAGCAUCUUCGCAGCCUGCAGCGGGAAGUGCACGUAGCCUAGUAAUGCAGCGCCGGCAACAGCCGGAGCCGGAACAGGAACAGCAGCCACCACCACUGCCAGACGAGAGCACCGUCGAGCAAGACGACAGCGCCGCAGCGCCAGCGGACCAGCCGGCACUGACGGCGACUGUCUCAUCCAUGUAA